UAUUCAUAAUAAACAGAAAUAUAAACUUGUCAGUGUUACAUCACAUUACAUAAAAUAGUUCUUUCAUUUCUAUGUACCAAGCUACAGUAUUCACCAGAUAUAAAUGUAACAUUACUCACCAUACAUAUUUAUAAAAAUUGUUACAUUCCUCAAAGCUUUUUCAUUGGUUUACUUCCAUUAACAUAUCAGCCAAUAGUAAUUCAAUGAAUUUUAACACUGAUCUGAGUGGUUUGUAAAAGUAUUGAGGAAAUAUUAAUCAUUGAUCAACAAUGUAUCAUUUCAGGCUAAACAAGUACGAUGUAUUACAAAUAUAUACUGUUAUGAAUUGGUAAUAAUAAUAAUAAUAAUAAAUUUAUUUAUGCAUAUAAUGCAUGAAUAGUACAAAACUUAUUCUUUAUCAUCACAAUUUAAAGUUUAUUGAAUGAAUGUGAAUAUGGGUAUUCCAAUUGAUCGAUUUGUAAAUCCAGUUGAUGAAAAUCUAAUCUGUGGUAUUUGUCAUGGUGUAUUUAUUAUACCUGUAGUAACAGAAUGUGGUCAUACAUUUUGUGCUAAUUGUUUAAAAAUAUGGUUAAAUUCAAAAUUGGAACAUUUAAAUCAUUUAACAAUAAGUGAUAAUGAACGAACACGUUUUCAAUUUACAUGUCCAACUUGUCGAACAAAAUUAAAUGUUAAUAAUUCACAACAAAAUAAUUCUAUAAAUUCAGUCGUAAAUACAACAAACAAUAUAAAUAAUCAUAUUAAUAAUUAUUGUUUUCAUGAUAAACCAAAUAUUAAUUUAUUAUCAAUAGCUAGACCAGUACUUGCAUUAAAGAAUUUUUUAAAUUCUUUACAAAUCUAUUGUGAAUAUGCUAAACGUGGAUGUACUACUAUUGGUAGUGUAGAAUUAAUACAUUUUGGUAAUCAUCGACAUGUAUGCGCUUAUGUACCAGUUGAUUGUGCUGGUUGUGGUAGAACAUUAAAUAGAAUUGAAUUAGCUGCUCAUCAAUUAGGCUGUUUUGGUAUACAGACUACACUGAAACCCAUCAGAUAACAGAAUGGAGUCAACCAUAAAUGAUACUCCAAAUCUUGGUCGUAUCGUGGUACUCUAUGACUUGGCUGAACUAGGUGAAAUACACCGGGAAAAUAUUAAACUAUCUCAAGAAGUACAAUCAACAGUUGAUGUUGGUAUUCAAACUUUAACAUGUUCCUUAGAAGAAGAAGAAGAAUUGAUUCAUCAAAGAAAUUGUACACAUUCAACGCAAUCCAAAGAGAUAACAACAAAUUUAUGCAGUUCCAGUGUUCAAACAUAUGAUGAAAAUUUAAAAAGUACAUGUGAUUUUCAAGUUCAAACAGACUUCAAUCAUAAUUUAUCUUCGAUAAAAAUUGAUCAACAUUACAAUAACAGAAGUUUACAACUUUUAAAUGUUAGUUUAAUUAAACUUGUUCAUGCAUUACGUGUGGAAUUAGACUCAGCUCAAAAUGAAUUAUAUAUGAGAAAUGGGAAAUAAGUUUAAGAUUCCUAAAUAAUGAAGAUUAUCGACUAUUUACUGACUUAUUUAAUCAAAUAAAUGAAUUUAUGAACUAUGUAAAACAUGUUUUUAUACUAUUACCAGAAUAAUAAAUCAUAAGCCUAUAAGAAGAAGGUAAAAUAUAUUACACGUAAUGUCAUAAACUACUUUUAAACAUAUAAGUAAACUGGAGUAUGAAUAUAAAAAUAGAUUUUUAUGUUAUGUGGAUUAACUAAUUAUAAAACAAUUAAAAUACAAUUUUUAUUUUGUUUGCAGCUAAACGAGGAAAGCUUCUAAAUCUCUUUUAGAAAUUGUAUUUACAUAUCAACCUCUCACUUUGUAUAGAGUUUCCAAAUGAUUACAGGGAGCUUAUGUUACCCUAUGUUGUCAGCUAUCAAAUAAACUCAAGACCAAUAAUUUUAUAGAGUUUAUCUUAAUGCUGAUGAAAAUGGAAAGUUUAUAUACAUUAUUUAUAACUUUCAAUGCCGUCCCAGUAGUAUAUUGUAGGCAUAUCUAAUCAGAUUUGUCCAAUACGUAUCAUGUUAGGGACAUGCAUAAACACAUUUAACAAUGAAAUUCUGCAUUUGGUGGCCCGCUUGAAUAUCUAGGCUACCUGUUCCUGUCAUACAGAUCAUUCAACAAGUUAUCUCUCUUUGCUUGUUUUAAUCAAUCAUCAUGUCUAUCAAUCGUCUAACCUAUUCAGAUGCGUUUAUGAAAGAUUUACAACUUUUCGCCGUACAACAUACAAAAAAAGUACAAUCCGAGACAUCGUGGUGUCUGGAAAUAUGCAUUGAAAAGAAUGAACAUCAUUCAGAUGUCGAUUCCUGAAAUGCUAACAGCCAACUGUCUUCGAUUCAUACCAAGUCUAAACACGUAUCAUAAUUCUGGUACAACCAUAAUUCAACAAUCCUGAUCAAAUGAUUUAUAAGACAACUGUUCAUUAUCACGACAAGAUUUCAAUAUUUGUCAUUAGGAUCGAUCAAGUAAUAAGAAAAUAAAACUUCUUGAAAUACUCUGUGCUGAAAACUCCAUAUUGUGUCAAAAAUAUAAUACUGAAUAAAGUCAUUAAUAGUAAUGAUUAUCUUGUCUAAAUAAAUGAAUUGAGUGUCAUAAUAAACUAGGGAAUAAGUGAAUAAAACUGUACUGUGCUGUGAACUUUGAGCAAAUCACCAGUCAAUAGGAAAAGUGUUUAGUUAUCAAUCAAUGAAUAAUUAAAAAAAAGUAAGUUUGAUAAUCCGCUUCGUCAUAAUUAGUGAUCAAAAACGGUUAGGGUUAGGAAUUCGAAGUCUAAGAAGAGUCAGGAG